GGAUGUGCGUGGCUCAGAGGAAAUAUGGCGCACAGAGCAUUGCAUACAACAGUGAUAUUCCUUACCUCAGCGUGCUCUUUUAGUGCACUCUUUUUAUCCAUUUUUGUCGCUCUUGCAGCACUUGAAACAGUAAACAGUGACAAUGUGUUUAGUGCCAGCCACACGGCUACUGCACCCGUCGCCGUCGCUCGGGAUCUGCGGUACCUUCUGUAUGAUGUAAACCCCCCAGAGGGUUUUAAUCUGCGGAGAGAUGUCUAUAUCCGCAUGGCCUCCCUGGUGAAAACUUUGAGGAAGGAGGGUCACGACUGGGUAUUGGUGCUUCCCCCUUGGGGUCGCCUCUACCACUGGCAGAGCCCCAACAUCCACCAGAUCCGCAUCCCUUGGGGAGCCUUUUUCAGCCUCACUAGCCUGCAGGCCAAUGUCCCCGUCAUUGAGUAUGAAGAAUUUAUUGCUGAGAAUGGAGGCCCAUUCAUAGACCAGGUUCUGGUUCUGCAAAACUAUGCUGAGGGAUGGACUGAUGGCAAAUGGGAGGAAAAAGUUGAUGAGCGGCCGUGCAUCGAGAAGCUGAUGUACUCCAAAGACAAACAGGGCUACUACAGGGGCUGGUUCUGGGGCUACGAGGAGACAAGAGCUCGAAAUGUAACAUGUAUAUCAGCCCAAGGUCAUGCCUCAAUCAUGGCCCCAGUUCUGCAGAGAAACAUCACAGCAACAUCAGUUAUGCUUGACCGAGCGGAGACACUCCUUCAUGACCAUUAUGCUGGGAAGGACUACUGGGACACCCGACGUAGCAUGGUUUUUGCAAAGCACCUGCGAAUCAUAGGAGACGACUUCAGAGCAAAAUACCUGAACUCCACAGAUGACAGAGACCACACAAUAUACAGUGAGGACUGGACUCGCAUGAAGGCCAAGCCUGGUUCAGCUAAAGGUGGGUCAUAUCUGGGGGUCCACCUGCGCAGGAAGGACUUCAUCUGGGGUCACAGAGAGGAUGUUCCCAGCCUUAAGGGGGCAGUCAAGAAAAUGCGCAGCUUGAUGAAGAAACACAAACUUGACAAAGUGUUUGUUGCGACAGAUGCAGAUGAUGAAGAACUGAAGGAGCUGAAAAGGUUGUUGCCAGACAUGGUGCGGUAUGAGCCAUCUGCAGAGGACCUGGAGCUCUUUAAAGAUGGAGGAGUGGCCAUCAUUGACCAGUGGAUAUGUGCCCAUGCAAGAUUCUUCAUAGGAACAUCGGUGUCCACCUUCUCUUUCCGGAUCCAUGAGGAAAGGGAGAUCCUGGGUUUCGACCCCAAAGCCACAUACAACCGUUUCUGUGGAGACAAUGAGAAAGAAUGUGAACAGCCCACACACUGGAAAAUAGUUUAUUAAAGUCAACCCUGAGUUUCCUGACACACAAGUGCCAAAAGCAGUGUUAAAGGUGACCUCUAUCUGUAUGGAAAAUAGAAGAUGUUUGAAUUGUUUUGUGGUUUAGUUUUUACAAUUUAUGGUUUCAGUGUUGUGCAAUCAGGUCUGUAGUGACCACUGUGACUGAAUUUUAUGCUGAAAAGGCCAAGACCAGGAUGAUCCACAUGUAUUACUGUGAUGUUCAGCAAUUAAAUCUGCAUAUAUUUUUAGGUUGUAUGUUGAAUGUGGAUCCUUCACAACAGCCUGGUAGGUAACAUUUUUCUAUAUUUAUCUUGUGACGCCAGCACAACUGGUGAAAAGUGUCUUAUAAUGACUGCAGCAGACAGUAUUUUGUGAGUGUUUUCAGUUUACAUUUCAUGAGAUUGAAGUGACUGUGCUCAGUGCUUGGGUGUCUGACCUUUGGGUAUUGUAAUUUUGAAACUAUAACAAAGAUUUCUUCUUCAAAAAUGACAUUAUAAAAUAGCAUUCAGGGAUCAUGAACACAGUUCUGUAAUGUAUUUUUGAUCCAAGGUCUACCAGGUAAUCCAGUGAGGCUAAGCUUGCAGUUGAUGUUUCUUACCAAAAAGCACAGAGGUUUGAUAAAUGAAAUAUAUUUUUCCCUCAUUAAAACAGCACAACUUUUCUUUUUGUGUAUUUUUAUGCAGGAUCCAAAUGGUAUAUUGCAUUGCAUUAGAGAAUAACUGAUGAAGUAGUAGGAGUUGUCAUGGUAAAUUAUUACGAGGAUUUUCAGACUUGUCUUUUUAAACAGACUACAUAUUUGGCAUAGUUCAUUACAUUGAUAAUGAUAUUAAUAAUGCCCUUGAAAAUGAGCUGAAAUGACUGAAAUAAACAAAAGAUUCUGAUUAGCAAGAUAGCCUGGCUAGCAAAAAUAAGCAUUUUAAAGAAUCUUUAACGUGAAUUAAUGUCACCAUAUAAAUCCUAAUCAACUUUAAAAGAACUUUCAAUCCAUUUAACAUUCCCUGGUCAUCCAUGACCCCCAGAUUGAGAACCGCUGGUCUAACUGGUGUAAUUUUUUUUAGUUUUGCAUAAACCUCAUUUUUAGCAGAUUUUUUUUUUAAUGCAGAAAAUAGAUGUGUAGAAAAUAAAAAGAAACUUUGCUGUUGUUUAUAUUAUUUUAUGGAGUUCCUGGUUCCACCAACACCAUAGUACAUUUACACACAGGUAUAGUCACAACUUAACCGGAUUUAAUCUAUAAACUAAAUUUAGGGAAAAAAAAGAGAGAGAAAAAAAAUCUAAAAACUGAUUUGUACGUUAAGGUUAGUUUUUUUCUUUUUUCCCCUCUCAUUUACCACCUGGCAACACCUCAGAUUUAUCUGCUGUCCCUGUAUAUGAAACUGUAUUUAAAGUAGUUCAAACAUUUAGAUGAAUAUGUCAGUCAGAGAAACCAAAGUGGUACAGUUUAAUACAUUAGCUACAUUUUGCUGCAAAUACUUACUUUUUUAAAGACAUGUUUUCAUGCAGGACUUUUUCUUGUACUGGAGUAUUUUCACAAUGCUGUACAGCCAGUGGAUGUAUUACAUGCAGUAAAGUUACAGUGAGGGUU